CUGUUUCCUUCGCCGUAAGUGGCAAUUGGGUAUUUGCUUCACGCCUACGCUAUGAGCCUUGGGAAGGAGUAUACUUAUAAGGAUUGGCACUCAGUAUCAAAGGCAUUCCAGAUCUUCAUCUUCAUCAUCAGACCAAACUUUCAAUGAAUCUUGCCACCCACGGUUUGAAAGUUUUGUGAUACCUAUACUUCUGUUUGCUCAUUCACGUGGCAUCAUGUCUGUAUCCGUUCAGAACGUUCUUUCUGCACUACAUAACACCUCCGCCGAAGGACCAUCUUCCUCCCGAUCCCAACCUCACCGCCGUGACUCAGGACACACCAUGUUUGGCAGCCUCCGCAAGAAGCUCUCGCGCAAGGACUCGAAUCCCCUCUCCUCAACCAACACACCAAGACAGUCAACCAACCUCAGCGCCAAAUCGGUGUCAAGAAAUAGCAUGGCAGCUCCUCCUCCACCACCCGCCAAUAACCCCUUUACCUCAUCUUCUCCAGCAACCCGGCGCCCAGAUCGAGCAGGCAUGAAUGCCUUCACCACGCCCUCAAAUGAGCCACCUCCAGCUUAUUCUCCUGCAUCCAAUGACGCCCCAAUGACGCCCGCUCCCGUCGAGCUCGGCACCAACCGCACUGUCCUAGCUGACGACCGCUACGCCUUCCUCAGCUCCUUCGACACGAUCUUCUUGAUCGACGACUCCGGUAGCAUGGCUGGCCGCUCGUGGCGCGAAACUGGCAAGGCUCUAGAGACAAUCACACCCAUCUGCACUGCCCACGAUGCAGACGGCAUUGAUAUCUACUUCCUCAACAAGGCGGACAAUCAGUACUACCAUAACGUCAUUCUUCCCAGCACCGUCACUGAGAUAUUCACCUCGGUGCGUCCCGGCGGCGGCACACCCACCGGCCAACGCCUGAACUCGAUUCUGCGCCCCUAUCUCCAGCGCUAUGCAGCCAACCCCGAGACGACCAAGCCGGUCAACAUCAUCGUCAUCACAGACGGCGAGCCGAGCGACGAUGUCGAGAGCGUCAUCAUUCACGCUGCUAAGCGUCUCGACAAGCUGGAUGCGCCAGCGUGGCAGGUUGGCAUUCAAUUCUUCCAGGUUGGCAAGGAGCCGGGUGCGAAGGAGCAUUUGAAGGCUUUGGACGAUGAACUCGCUGCCAUCGCUGGGGAAGAUGAUCUCAGGGACAUCGUUGAUACCGUUCCCUACACUGGCGUUGGUGACGCAGAGCUGAAUGCUGAGGGAAUUUUGAAGGUUUGUCUCGGAGCAGUCACAAGAAAGCUGGACAGGAAAUCGAAGGAGUUGCAUCGGACCGCGUAGAUGUGGUGUUGUGUGAUUGCUACCUUUUUCCGGGUUUUCCUUGUGCGGUAGUGAGUGUCUGAAAGGGCAUAGUCACUGCUGCACUGCUCUCUUCAUUCUUCCCUUUCUCUUUCUUCAUUUGUGUUCAUAUUAGGGAUGGCUUGACAGGGGUUUCCCUUGGUUAUCAAAAUUCUUGCUCCGCGGAGGAGGUAUGAGUGACUUUUUCUCAUUGGUUCCCGGCGUUCAGCACCAGAGGGCUCAGAUAUCCCGGCGUGGAUAAGUCUCCUUGAGUCUCAAGGUCUCAUUAGUCUCAUAAUCCCCCUUCAAAACCUGCAUAGAGAAGUUACAACCAAAUGCUCUUCGUGAUUCUGGCUAACU